AUGGAUCCGAACCAGAAGCUCCUCCUUGAUGAAAUCGACAAGCGCAUCGCCGCCCGCUUCGACGGUCUUGAGCGCCGGCUCGACGCCUCCGCCGAUUCCUCCUCAUCCAGACUCGAUGCCUUGGAAAGCGCUGCCCGCUCAUUCGAUGAGUGGCGCCCCGACGUCGAUGGCUUCAUCGACGACCUGCGCGUGGAGGUCAAGCGCCUCUCCUCCCUGAAGCUUGAGGUCGGGAAGAUCUCCAAGUACAUGGAGCGCUCCAUGGUGGAUGGGCCAUCUCCGACUCCGGGUGUGCACGGGUCCGUUCCUGACGUGCUCGCCCCCAAGCCCCUGUCGGCUCCGCCCUCGCCAGUGGCUCCGCUCCCCACCGUCAAGUCCUCCCCGCGCACUCCGACGAACAGGUCCCCUGCGCCAUCACCAACACACAAGUCGGCCGCGCAUGGGGAAUUCGAGGCUGCCCCGCGCACAUCUGCGGGAACAUCAGCCAACAGGCCCGACGGGCACCGCUUCGAUUUUGGGACCCGGGACGGUGCUUUCGGAGUGCCCACCACUCUGAUUCCACCGCCCGGCAAGGGGGAUCACAUAGGGAAAUUGCCUAAGUUCGAUUUUCCUAAAUUCGACGGUGACCACCCAAAACUGUGGAUUAAGCAGGCUGUUCAUUACUUCAAACUCUACCGUGUCGAGUCCACUGUGUGGCUAUCUGCUGCCACUAUGCAUUUCCAGGGACCAGCCAAGCGUUGGCUCUCUUCAAUUGAGGAAGAGCUUGAAAAUCAGGGGUGGGAUGAGUUCUGUGCACAAUUGUUGUCACGCUUUGCACGCGAUGAACACGAACUCCUUCUUUGUCGUUUGUUCCAAAUCCGGCAAACUAGUCCUGUUUCUGAGUAUAUCGAGAAGUUCAUAGGGCUGGUAGAUGAACUCAAAGCUUAUGCUAAACAUCCAGACCCUCUUUACUAUGUUCAACGUUUCAUUGACGGCUUGCGUGAUGAAAUUAAAGCUGUUCUUAUGGUUCACAAGCCAGCUACUCUGGAUACUGCCUGCGUGUUGACUGAAUUGCAGGAGGAAGCGUUGGGGCUCACCAAACGGCCAUACCGGCGCUUCGAUCAAGCCAGCAACUCCAAGCCCGGGUGGGGGCCUCCCUUGGCCUUGCCGCCACCGCCUCCACAAGCUCCUAGUGCGGUCUGGCGCCCAGUGAAUGUCGCCGCAACAACGACUGAUCACAAGAUGCAAGCCCUUUGUGCACGCACGCAUAUCAUUGGGCGCCAAGUGGAGCCGGAUCAUCGAUGCUCCGAGACGGUACAGCUUCACCUCGUUCAGGAACUUUGGGAUAUUCUGCCAAUCUCUGAUGAUGCAGAUGAGAGAGGGCCGGCGUCCCCGACGACGUCCCCCAUAUCAUGA